AUGGAAACUUAUCUUAUUUAUAAACAACUAAUAGCAAGCUCAAGGCAAAUAAAACGAUACAACAUGUUCAUCCAAUGUUACGUUAAAGUUGAUAUCACAUUGGAAAUUCCACUCAUGGUGCCACAUGUUACUGGCAGAAAAUCACCUUCCUUCGUUGCCGAGAAACUUGGCAGUCAAUUACAUUGGUCGUUAAUGUUUCUUCUUUUAAAAACAUACUCUCAUGCAUGGUGUAAUGUUGAGUAUGCACAAAGCUUCAACUGA